AUCAAUUUUGUGAUUGGCGAUGUGCGACGUAUUGCUCUACUACAAGUACGCGGCGCUCUCUGCGACCGAGGCCGAUGACGUGGCCGCGUGGCACGAGCGCUUCUGCGGUGCGCUUGGCCUGCACGGUCGCGUGCGCAUUGCCGAGGAAGGCAUCAACGGGACGCUCGGCGGGCCGGCGGCGGCGAUCGACGCCUACAUCGCGGCCAUGGAGGCGUCGGCCGCGUUCGGCGGCUUGGCCAUCGACUGGAAGCGAAGCGCCGCCGAGGCCUUGCCGUUCGACGACCUCCUCAUCCGCCGCACCAAGGAGAUCGUGUCCAUCGAGCUGCCCGAUGACAUGUGCCACGUGCGCGGUACGGCGCAGCACCUCUCGCCGACCGACUUUGACGCCAAGCUCACGACCGACAACGUUGCCGUCAUUGACGUCCGCAACGACUAUGAGUACAACAUUGGUCACUUUCAGGGCGCGCUGAACCCGCGCACGCGCCGCUUUGGCCAGUUUCCCGUCUGGGUCCGCGAGACGCUGCCGCAGCUGCAAGCGAAGAGCGCGAUCUUGAUGUACUGCACGGGCGGCAUUCGCUGCGAGAAGGCGUCCGCGUACCUCCGGCACCUCGGCUUGGAGAACGUGUACCAGCUCGAGGGAGGUAUACACCGCUACUUGGAAACGUUCCCGGACGGCGGGCAUUUCCUCGGGAAAAACUUUGUGUUUGACCAACGGGUCGCGAUGGCAUCCCGCAACGACGCGGUCGUCGGCAAGUGCAGUGCGUGCGAUGACGCGCACGACGCGGUCUCGGGCACGCGCUGCGCCUACUGCCGGACGCACGUGCUGCUCUGCGACGGCUGCGUCGAAGCCAAGGCAGCCAAGCGCAUCCAAGUGCUCUGCGGCGACCACGCGUGGAUGGGUGACGGCAGCAGCGACGAGCUCGUCGCGAAACACGCGGCGCUCGAGGCCACGCUGUCGCAGCACGAAGGACCCAAGGGCAAGGGCCGCCGCCGUUCGAUACGCAAGCAAAUGGACGCGAUCGAGAAGAGCCUCGACCAGUUUACGCUCGUUGAAGAAGGCCCGUCGGCGUCGGCGGCUUAGAUGCUUUUUCUCGCGAACAGACCAAGCGUUCGCGCCUGAAGUCGACCACCUGAUACUUACAUACUAGUACACACCCGUAACAAUGUGCACUGAGGGAAAGCGUACUUUCGUAUCGAAGGCAGUGGCACCUCUAACGUAGCUGGC